CUGUCGAGGGACAGGCAUCCCUGAAUUAGGAAGGGAAUAACAGACAUGCAUAUUUUUCUGCGGCUCAUUGAAGACCAGUGUUAGUCUGUAAAACUUGUGUGGAUUGGAUCCAGAAUCAAAAUUUUAUUUAGUUUCAAGUUCGCGGCGGCUGGUACGGGCUUACAAGUAAUGCUACACAUGAUAACAGCUGUAUCUCAUUUUGCUCUUUUUUUGUUCAAGAAGAGAAGCCCCUGGUUACACGUUAACACGUUUGCUCUGUCAUUCUCUUAGGAUAGAUGCAUGCGGUCACAUAGCUGAGUAGAAACGUUUCUGCCUGUAAUAUGUAGCAUUAUUCUGCUUUAGUCUUAUAAAUGACAACGACAAACAGACCCGGACGGGCUUGAUGAGAGUUUGGCAACUGAGGAAAUCUGAGUGUGAAAUGGACGAAUCUGCGGCGUAAGGUCAAUAGACUUUCUUUACGUUUUCAGUGGGAAAAAAUCCUGAUCCAGGUCGAGCACAGGUAAAAAUGUAGAACGGAAUACUUAAGGUUUCUAGAGGAAUAAAAUGUGCCUGCUUAUGUAUUUUGGUAAACCAGUGGUUGUAUCUGUGGGACAUAGAUUUGGAAAUAGCAGCAGAACGAAAUGAUUGGAAAGCGAAGCGGAAUCACACGGGAGGGAUCCGAGGCAACGUAAUGUCACCCAGGCGGGGAACGAAGCGGGAGUCACGGUGGUAUUAAAGACUGCCGUGUCACCGAAUUAAAUACCAUAAAGAGCUAAAAACCAGUUAUUGGUGAAUGAAACUGUUAACAUUUUUUCCUAAUGUGUGAUGACAAAACAUGGGGGGGGGUCGCACAUCGAGUGGUAUGUAUUUAAUUCACCGCACUAACAGGCUUUCGGUCUGUACUGAAAUUAUAAGUCGUUAAUUAUAGAUCAGCCAUCUUUCUAAUAGGAAGUGCUCCUUUGUUGUUAUUUUUAUUUUUUGCUCUGGGUGCGCGCCCUGGCAUCCGGUAGCCUUGGUAGUUUUCACCCACGACUCGGGCGCCUCUGAGUCCGGCUGAGAAAUCGCUCGUACCGGCGCUGCUGGGAUGCAGCAGGGCGUCUGUGCGUGCCGCAGAGUCACACCAGGACGCCUUUGGUUCCGGGCCCGGUAGCGUGAAAGAAAUAAAUAAACCCUCCGAGGUCCGCUCCUCCAGGUGUCCGCCCGCGAUCUCGCUAUGGACGACUCGGGGAUCAUUCGGAGAAGGAGGUUGCAGAAGGAUCUUCCACUUCCACGCAAAAGUAGCAGCUGCAGAGCCAGUAACAGGAAGAGCCUGAUCCUGACAAGCACGUCGCCCACUCUGCCCCGCCCACACUCACCCCUCCCAGGACAUCUUGGUAGCAGUCCUCUGGAUAGCCCUCGGACCUUCACCCCCAGCAACCCCGCUCACUUCUCCUUCGCCUCCUCCAGAAGGGCGGAUGGCAGGAGAUGGUCUCUGGCCUCCCUGCCCUCCUCGGGAUAUGGAACCAACACCCCCAGCUCAACGUCCUCCAGCUCUUCCCAGGAACGGCUGCACCAGCUUCCCUUCCAGCCCACCAUGGACGAGUUGCACUUCCUCUCGAAGCACUUCGGCAGCACAGAGAGCAUCACGGAUGACCCCGGGGGGCGCCGCUCUCCCCACGUCAGGCCCCGGUCCCGUAGCCUCAGCCCCGGUCGAUCACCCUCCUGCUUCGAUAAUGAGAUCGUGAUGAUGAACCACGUCUACAAGGACCGCUUCCCUAAGGCCACGGCACAGAUGGAGGAGCGCUUAGCCGACUUCAUCCAGGCCUACUCCCCGGAGAACGUGCUGCCCCUGGCUGACGGGGUCCUCAGCUUCAUCCACCACCAGAUUGUGGAACUGUCCCGCGACUGCCUGGCCAAGGCGCGUGGUGCCCUCAUCACCAGCAUCUACUUUAUCGAGCUGCAGGAGAGCCUGGAGAGGCUGCUGCAGGACGCGUAUGAACGCUCUGAGAGCUCAGAGCUGACAUUUGUCACAGAGCUGGUGAAGAAACUCCUCAUCAUCAUCUCUCGCCCCGCCAGACUCCUCGAGUGCCUGGAGUUCAAUCCUGAGGAGUUCUACCACCUCCUGGAGGCUGCAGAAGAUCACGCCAAAGAGGGUCACCUGAUGAAGACGGACAUCCCCCGCUACAUCAUUAGCCAACUCGGGCUUACCAGGGAUCCCCUGGAGGAAAUGGUUCACCUUGAAAGCUGCGACAGUGCGGGGUCCCACACCCCUGAGACAGAGGACUCUGAGGGCAAGAUGAAGGCUAUUAAGCCACCCAGUGAAAGCGACUUCCAGAAUAUCAAACUGAUCAGCCAUGGUGCCUAUGGAGCCGUGUACCUGGUCCGACACCUGGACACACGGCAGCGCUUUGCCAUGAAGAAGAUCAACAAGCAAAACCUGAUCCUGAGGAACCAGAUCCAACAGGCCUUCGUGGAGAGGGACAUCCUGACCUUUGCGGAGAACCCCUUUGUGGUUGGCAUGUUCUGCUCCUUUGAGACACGCCGCCACCUCUGCAUGGUCAUGGAGUAUGUAGAGGGCGGAGAUUGUGCCACUCUGCUGAAGAACAUCGGCGCCCUGCCUGUGGAGAUGGCACGCAUGUACUUCGCAGAGACCGUCCUGGCACUGGAGUACAUUCACAACUACGGCAUAGUGCAUCGCGACCUCAAGCCAGACAACCUGCUGAUCACAGCCAUGGGCCACAUCAAGCUCACAGACUUUGGCCUGUCCAAGAUCGGUCUGAUGAACCUGACCACCAACCUGUAUGAGGAGCACAUCGAGAAGGACACCCGCGAGUUCCUGGACAAGCAGGUGUGUGGCACCCCGGAGUACAUUGCCCCAGAGGUGAUCCUUCGGCAGGGCUAUGGCAAGCCAGUGGACUGGUGGGCUAUGGGUAUCAUCCUGUAUGAGUUCCUGGUGGGCUGCGUGCCCUUUUUCGGCGACACCCCUGAGGAGCUCUUCGGACAAGUGAUCACAGAUGCCAUUGCCUGGCCCGACGGGGAAGAGGCUCUUCCUGCUGAUUCCCAAAGCCUCAUUUCAGCUCUUCUGCAGACCAACCCAUUGAUUCGGCUGGGCACAGCUGGUGCUGCUGAGGUGAAGCAGCACUCGUUCUUCUCCGAGCUGGACUGGAACAGUCUGCUAAGACAGAAGGCAGAGUUCAUUCCUCACUUAGAAUCAGAGGAGGACACCAGCUACUUUGACUCGCGGUCGGAACGCUACCAUCACAUCAACUCGUACGAUGAGGACGACACCAACGACGAUGAGCCGGUGGAGAUCCGACAGUUUUCAUCCUGCUCCCCCCGGUUCAGCAAGGUGUACAGCAGCAUGGAGCACCUGUCACAGCUGGAACCAAAGCUGGCCACGGUGACCAGGCGGGAACGCAAGGGCCCUCAGGAGGACCGGCGGCCCAAGAGAGAGAGUCUGGGCAGCCUUAGCGCCCUGGGGUUGCGUGACCGCAGCUGGAGGGUUGGCUCUCCCGACAUGAAGCGCCUGUCCUGCUCCGAGCUGUCCUACAUGGAGAGUGACUCCAGCCCUCCGCUUGGUGCCCGCCGCCGCUUCUCGGCCCUCAUGGACACGCACCGCCUGUCCUCACCACUGGAGGGUGACCCUGAGCAACAGCCUCGCCAGCAUCCGGUUAAGACCAGGGGAAAGUCCUUCGAGGGGGUAGUGGCCACCUCCACCGCUCAGGCCGAACAGAGUGCCCCCCUAAAGGAGGACGUCGGGGGUGCCGUGGGAGACAUUAUGAGGACAGCUGGAGAAUCGGCAGGUCCGGCAGUCGCUGCUGCGGCUGGGGGGGGCCCCAGGGACCUUGUCCUGCGUCACACGCGGCAGCCGCUGCUGGGAGAUGGCGAGAGGCCGGGCCAGCGGGCCGGGGGCAAGGUUAUCAAGUCAGCCUCGGCCACAGCCCUGUCUGUCAUCAUCCCCUCAGUGGAGCCACAUGGAACAUCCCCACUGGCCAGUCCCAUGUCCCCUCGCUCACUGUCCUCCAACCCGUCAUCGCGGGACUCCUCCCCCAGCCGCGACUGCUGCCCGGCUGUCAGCGCGCCACGUUCACCCAUCACCAUCCACCGCUCGGGCAAGAAGUACGGCUUCACGCUGCGCGCCAUCCGCGUCUACAUGGGCGACAGCGACGUCUACAGCGUGCACCACAUGGUCUGGCAUGUGGAGGACGGUGGCCCCGCCCAGGAGGCAGGCCUCUGUGCCGGUGACCUCAUCACGCAUGUGAACGGCGAGUCUGUCCACGGAUUGGUCCACACAGAAGUCGUGGAGCUCAUUUUGAAGAGCGGGAACAAGGUGAUGGUUACCACCACGCCCUUUGAGAACACCUCCAUCAAGAUAGGACCCGCCCGCAGAUCCAGCUACAAGUCCAAGAUGGCGCGAUGCAGCAAGAGAGCCACGUCCAAGGAGGGGCAGGAGAGUAAAAAGCGCAACUCUCUGUUCCGGAAGAUCACUAAGCAGGCCAACCUGCUGCACACCAGCCACAGUCUGUCUUCCCUCAACCGCUCCUUGUCCUCCAGUGACAGCCUCCCCGGCUCGCCCACGCAUGGCCUGUCUGCCCGCUCGCCCACUCAGAGCUUCCGCUCCACCCCUGACUCCGCCUACCUAGGCACCUCCUCCCAGAGCAGCUCCCCAUCCUCCAGCACGCCCAACUCUCCAGCGGCGUCCCAGCACGCGCGGCCCAGCUCGCUGCACGGCCUGUCGCCCAAGCUGCACCGGCAGUACCGCUCGGCCCGCUGCAAGUCCGCCGGCAACAUCCCACUGUCGCCACUGGCGCACACGCCCUCGCCCACUGCCUGCUCGCCGCCACCGCCACUGCCCGGCCACUUGGUGGGCAGCUCCAACACCACGCAGGCCUUCCCGGCCAAGCUGCACUCCUCACCUCCGGUGGCCCGUCCGCGGCCCAGGAGUGCCGAGCCGCCCCGCUCCCCACUGCUGAAGCGCGUUCAGUCUGCCGAGAAAGUAGCCCCGCCCUUCCCUUGCUCCCAGGACAAGAAAGUGGGUGGAGUCUCUGGAAUGGGCGGGGCCACAGGAAUGGGUGGACGCAAGCACGGCCUGGAGUCCCUACACCCGGAGCACCGCAAGGAGCCCUUUCACACUGAGCUGCCCCUGCAGAGCCUGCUGGAGACGGAGGCUGAGGGUCCUGCCACCUCCACCCCAGGUCCGACCACCCAGAAGGCAGCCCCUCCCAAGCCCAUGCGGAAAUUAGGGAGGCAGGAGUCACCUCUGAGCCACGAAGUCCUGCUGGCAGAAAUGGAGAGAUUGAGAAAAGAACCAGAGGAGGGGCGCACCAAGACAGAGCCAGAAAAACUCACUGAGGGGGUUCAGUUCGCCCAGGCCCUGCCUGGCUGUAUGCCCCCAGUGACAGCGGAGUCCCUGACUGGCCAAACAGUGCUCCCCCUAGUGGUGUGUCAGAGAUCCACCCCUGUCAAUAAGCCUGUGGACCUGAACCUUCCAGUCUCAAACACCUCAGAGAAGCUUGUGGCACCCGGCCUGGUCCAGAGUGUGGCCACCUUAGACCACAAGCAGUGGGACCAGCUACAGGAGACCCUCCCAGCCCGCAAGCCAGGAAAGACGGAGGAGCAGAAAGAGACGAAGCAGGGGGCUGGCAGAUUAAUGGAGUCCACAGGGUCCAGCCUGCAGGGGGAUGCAGCCAGGAAAGGAGGUCCUGGUAACUGUAAAGUGUCAGAUAUGACAGGGCCGGUCUCCACAAAGGACAGGGCUGAAGCCAGACUGGCGGAGAGCACUAAAAAUGAAAACCUACAUGUCAGUAACUCUGACGCAGAAACCAGGGUUAAAAGCACCACCCAUGUAGCCUCUGGUCCAGCUGUAGCUCCAGGCUCGUCUCUUGCACUGGCGUCAGCCAAGCUGAACAGGGACAAGGGCUCGGGCCCAGUUCCAGAGGUGGCAGAGGAGCGCAAUAUGUCUUCCUGCUCCUCCCAGCCUGUCUCCCCCUGUGCCAAGGCCAGCUCUGCAACCCACACAGCCAGCAUGGUAAAAACUGUGCUGGAGCCUGGCACUCAGGAGGCAGCCCUGGGAAUAGAGAGCCCGAAGGCGUUGGGCGGGAGCAGGGCCAGCCCUGCAGGUAAGGCGGGGGCUUCCUCCGAGGGUCCGCUGGCUGAUCCCGCAGUGAUGGCAGGCCCAGGUGGCGCCGCUCAGCAUCUCCAACACUGACCACAGCUCCUCUAAGCUGCACCUGUGAGUGCCAGCGGAUUGGCCAAGUGCUUUGAGGGCGUGUUCAGGGGCGUGGUUUACUGAGAACCAAUCACAGAACAGCACAAUUUUAAACCCUUAAACAUUCCAGUCAAGGGGAAAAAAAUGUAACUUAACAAUAAAAUGCAAAGUGUAAAUAAAUGUAUACCGAAACAAGUAGCCAAAACCCAACUGUCAAGGUGCUUCUUAAUACUGCGUCAUUCACACCAUUACGUAGACCUAUGAUGCAGACAAAUAUGAAAGUUGCCGGUUGGCAGCAAAACCUUCCGUUUAUGCUUCUAGUUAAAGCCAAAUUCUAGCAGAGAAUCGAAGUGUCUGUGGAACUGGGGAGUGACCCAUUUUUGGGAGGCGGAAUCUGAUUGGUGGAAAGCUUCCCAUGUGACCCCUGCCUGUUGCUUUUGACUGGCUGAAGGUCAUAGUUUAUAUAGCAGGCAGGGCAGUGUUGCAGUGGUGUUGCCUAGUGGUGUGUUAGAGUGUGCUUACAGGGCUGGGCUUGCACUAGGGCCCUAGGAGGUCGCAACCUGUGGACAUCUUGGUUUAACUCGUCUAUCUUGGACGGCAGUGGAUAAUUAAUCACUACUUUACAUAUCAGUCAUUUUGGAUUAAUCUGCUAUAUUUUCUUUAGAAAAAAGAAAUGCCACAUAACUAUUCCUAAUUCCAAAGUUCAAAGCGUACGACAGAAAUGUCAGGGAUACUAGCGUGAUAUCUGCGUAGAGUUUUUAAAAAGAUCGACUCAAAGCUGUUAAUAAAGUAUUUGACCUUUGUAGAGUUUUGUUCUGGUAUGUGAUUCACUUCAGACUUUUCUGUAGAUGUGAGACAUUUUAACUCCAGAAUUUGGGUGACCGUGCGUCUCCAAGGGCUAAAUCUGGAUUCGUGCAAAUAAAGAACGUGGUUUGGUGGAGGUUACAGUGGAGGUUACAGUGGAGGCUACAGUGGAGGUUACAGUGGAGGUUACAGAAAGGAAAUGUCAAGCCCUUUCUCCUUUGUGAAUGUUACGGUAAUGAAUUACUAUGAAUCUUUGUAUAAUGAACUAUCCAUACAACGAAAGCGUUGAAAGUCUGUAGGCUUUGAAAUGGAGUUGCUUGAAAUUCUAGAAAAGGUGAAAGGUGAAUAUCUUCGACGGGACAAGCACCAAAAAUAUUUCUGUAAGAGAACAUGGUCUCACAUAGCUUUGUUAUUAGAAUUCGCUCUAACCAUUGUGUGCAAAAACAAAAGAAAUACUGACUGGCUUAAAACUGUUUUUGUCCUCAGUUGUAUGCAAAACACUUUCCAUAUAUGAGAUGUCUGAAGUUUAGUGUCAGUGUUUUAGUCAAGUGCUGUUUACAAUAUGCGUAAUAAUAUGCAAAGGUCUUUUGACUAGUUAGCUUCAGGUUAUUUUUCCUGUGGUAAAUGUUGGCCUUUUCCGUUGCUUAUCUAUGACUUACUGCCCUCUAGUGGUAAAUAACGCCCUUUAAAGCAAAGCGUGUCCUUUGGAUAGACCUGUCAUUACUCCCAUCACACAAAGCAGAGUCAAGAGCUGAAGACUUGUGCUCGGAGCACGUCAGUGUGUUUCGUUUUGCUGUGUUUGUUAUGAUUUCUCAUAGCUGCUUUCUGGUUUUAUUUUCAUAAGGCAGCAACUUCACAGAUUGAAAAAAACCACAUAUUUUAAUGCUGUAAAAAUAAAUUAUUAUUUAUUUUUUAUCGAUGGGUCAUGAAUAUUAGUGUGAUAUUGGUGAACUGAAACUGUGGUUGUCCUGAGUAGAGCAGGUAAUACACUGUCCUGUGGAGAGGGACGAAAUGCUUCACUUUACCGCUAAAACUGUGUAGCUCACAUUUGUAAGCAGCUCGAAGCCUCAUAAUUGUGAUGUGCGUCUGUUUUUUAUUUUAAAAAGUUUUAAAUGCACUUUAUCUGACACAUUCAUGUAUGUAUCUUUAUGAAGUCUGGGGCAUUUUUCACACUGUAUUAUCUAUCGCUGCAGUGCUGGUGAAAGGCUGCCAUUUCUGGUUUUCCGUCUACAUUUUUGCGUGCUGUGGGUGGCGUUUUCCCACCGGCUGUCUCAGUAGAAUCAUUUUACGCUUGUAUGUUUUCAUGGCACUGUUAUUGUGCUUAUUGUGAAUACGAUACAGAGAGUUCACUAUGUGCAGUAAAAUGUAAUAAAAAUCGGAUAA